ACCAACACGUUCUGUACAGGAGCUGGUUAGUGGAGAAGCCGAGCACCAUGAAGUGGCUCGUCCUGGCCCUGGUUUGCCUCCAGCUCUCGGAGGGGCUGGUGAGAAUCCCUCUGAGAAAAGGCAAGUCGGCACGAGAGAUCAUGAAGGAGAAGGGGACGUUGGAGCAUUUUUUGAAGCACCACAAAGUUGAUCUAGGCAGGAAGUAUCACUUCAAUGAAUACAAUGUUGCUCAUGAACCAAUCACCAAUUACUUGGACGCCUACUACUUUGGAGAGAUCAGCGUCGGGACUCCACCCCAGACCUUCCUGGUUCUCUUCGACAGCGGUUCUUCCAACCUGUGGGUGCCAUCUACCUACUGCCAGACAGAGGCCUGUUCCAAUCAUGCAAGGUUUGACCCGAGCCAGUCAUCCACCUUUUCCAGCAAUGGACAGACUUACACUUUCGAUUAUGGGAGCGGUGACUUGACUGUGAUGAUGGGUUAUGACACAGUGUCAGUCCAGGACAUUGUGGUCACAAAGCAGGAGCUUGGUCUGAGCACAAAUGAGCCCACCGAGCCCUUCUACUACUCUAAUUUUGAUGGGAUUCUUGGCAUGGCCUAUCCGUCCCUGGCUGAAGGAAGUGGACUCACAGUUAUGGAGAACAUGCUGCAGCAGGGCCAGCUGACUGAGCCCAUCUUCAGUUUCUAUUUCUCACGCCAACCAACCUAUAGUUAUGGUGGGGAACUCAUCCUUGGAGGCAUUGACACUCAGCUCUUCACUGGGCAGAUUACAUGGACGCCCGUGACCCAGGAGUACUACUGGCAGAUUGGCAUUGAUGAGUUUGCUAUUGGGCAGAGUGCUACUGGCUGGUGCAGUGAAGGCUGCCAGGCCAUUGUGGACACCGGGACCCUCCAACUCGCUGUCCCGCAGCAGUUCAUGGGAGACUUCUUGGAUGCCGUGGGUGCCCAGGAGGGCCCCGACAGUUACGUGGUUGACUGCAGCAGCGUUCAGAGCUUGCCCACCAUCACCUUCACCAUCGGUGGAGCCCAGUUCCCGCUGCCGCCUUCUGCCUACAUCUCCUACGAAAACGGCAAUUGCAGUGUUGAGAUUGAGCCCACUUACCUGCCUUCCCCUAAUGGGCAACCGCUCUGGAUCCUGGGUGAUGUUUUCCUCAAGGAAUAUUAUUCUGCCUUUGAUAUGGAUAACAAUAAAGUUGGCUUUGCCCCAUCAGCCUAGAGAAACCAGGCAUCUCCCAAGUUGGAUGGAUGCAGCUCC